ACGUGUGUGUAACAGCUCACUUCCAUUUGACAUUAUUUUGCAAGGAUCAUAAUGAAGUUAGGAAGCAUUCUCCUAAUAGUGGGAGCUAUAUUUGCUCUCUUCGCCCUUACCAAUGGAUCUGACGUAGCCUACCCAGACAUCAAAUUUUGUCCUCGAGUUCUGCAAGGGUUAAGUGGUGAUUGUCUCAAUGCUCAAAAGGAUUGCUAUGCUGAAUUCAAUGGACGGUAUAAAGACGCCCAAGCUCGACAUUGUAGAUGUGACACUACUUCUAAUAAUUCACACCAAUGUUCAUGUUGUAUUGUUUGUGGAUUAGCGCAAUAUCUACCUAGUUUUUCCACAAACCAAUUACCCGUUCAAUGUUAAUAAGCAUCAUAAUAGAAUUUAAUAAUCAAUGUUAAAAUUUGUUGUUUA